AUGUCCGGCUCCUAUGAUUCACAAAUCAAUUCCAUUAGCCUAAGAAACGAGCCAUAUCAUCCGCCAAUUCCGCAUCGGCAAUCCCAGCAUUUCGUUCAGCCGCAACCAUAUGGAUAUCCAGGGCUCUCACAACCGACGCAGGGACCAUAUUGCCCUUAUCCACCGGGCUCUCCAGCACAGCAACCCUAUGCACCUUAUCCCCAACAUGCUGAGAUUUCAUCUCCAGUUUCGACCCAAGGUAGCCAGUAUACAGAAAGUAGUAGCCCGUACCAACCCUGGGACACUCCUCCUUCAAGCGUAAGCGGCUUCACCAGUGCGAAAAAAACGAACGAAACAAGAGGAAAUCGAUGGGCGAGCGGAGGAUACGAUGGUGAAGGAUACAACGGCGAAGGAUACAACGGCGAAGGGUACAGCUGA